AACAAAUUGCCUGUCGCUGAAGCAAAGUGAACAAUAAAAAGGGCUUUUUCUUUCUUUCUUCUUCCUCUUCCUCCCCUCUUCCUCUCUUGAUCCCGUCUCUCAUUCACCUCGUCCUCCACUCUGCUCAUUCCUCUUUUUUUUCUUUUUUUUCCUUUGCAGUCAUUCUUUCAUUUCUCUCGUUUAGCAGAAGAGAAGGAAUUACCCGGCCUUUUUGAGUCAUUCAGUUCAUAUAGACUACCUCUAUUUAACACCUAAUACAACAGCAACACCAUGGCAACCGCACCGGCUCAAGUACACCUCCAGACAGUACAACAGACCCCCACCACCAAGGCAAGGGAUCCCUUUUGGCUCGGAGGUGCGGCUUCAUGUGCAGCGGCUUUGGUCUCUCAUCCGUUCGAUCUGGCAAAGGUCCGUCUCCAAACAACGCAGGGUGCCAGCUCGCAUGGAAUGAUCCGGACCAUGAUCAACGUGGCCCGGAACGAAGGGAUCCUUGCGCUCUACAAUGGUCUUUCCGCCAGUCUGUUACGCCAGGGCACUUAUUCGACCGUACGAUUCGGGACCUACGACUACUUGAAGGAGAAGUUUGGACCCAAGGAUGGCAGCAGGAUCCCUGUCAGCACGAUGAUGCUGUGUGGUGUCCUGGCAGGAUGUGUCGGCGGCGGAUUCGGUAACCCCGCGGAUGUGGUCAAUAUUCGGAUGGUGAACGACGGCAAACUGCCAAAGGAGCAGCAGAGACAUUACAAGCAUGCGUUUGAUGGACUCUACAGGAUCGUGAAGGAAGAAGGCCCCGCACAGCUGAUGAGAGGACUGGGGCCAAACAUGAACCGAGCGAUCUUGAUGACGAGCUCACAGUUGGUCUCGUACGAUGGGUUCAAGCGACAGUUGUUGGCGACGCCUUGGUUCAAGGACAACUUGGCCACGCAUUUCGCGUCCUCGCUCCUAGCCGGACUGGUGGCAACGACCGUGUGUGCACCCUUGGAUGUGCUCAAGACAAGAAUCAUGAACUCUUCAGGUAGCAAUACUUCAUCCACACAAAUGUUUUUCCAUAUCGUAAAAACGGAAGGGCCUAUGGCCUUGUUCAAGGGCUGGCUCCCGGCCUUCUUGCGUCUGGGCCCUCACACCAUCGUCACCUUUAUUGUUUUGGAGCAACUCAAGGUCAUAGUUCACCAACGGAAACAAUAAACCCAAAGGGAAACACCAAUGUUCAUGCGC